AGAAUAUCCCAAGGCAUGAGUACCUUGAAAUUGCUGAAGUAUAUCCUGUUUGUCUUCAAUUUGCUCUUUUGGUUCUGUGGCUGUUGCAUUUUGGGUUUUGGGAUCUACUUCCUGAUCCACAACAGCUUUGGGGUGCUCUUCCAUGAUCUCCCUUUCCUCACGCUGGGCAAUGUACUUGUCAUCGUGGGCUCCAUUAUCAUGGUGGUCGCCUUCCUGGGCUGCAUGGGCUCUAUCAAGGAGAACAAAUGCCUGCUGAUGUCGUUCUUUGUUCUUCUAUUGAUUAUCCUCCUUGCUGAAGUGACCUUGGCCAUCCUUCUCUUCGUGUAUGAACACAAGCUGAACAACUAUGUGCUUCAAGGCCUGAAUGACAGCAUCCAACGCUACAACUCAGACAACAGCACCAAGGUGGCGUGGGACUCCAUCCAGUCAAUUUUUCAUUGUUGUGGUAUAAAUGGCACAAGUGAUUGGAUGAGUGGCCCACCAGCAUCUUGCCCACAAGAUCCACAAGUUAAGGGCUGCUAUAUGAAAUUGCAAAUGUGGUUUUACUCCAAUUUCUUAUAUAUUGGAAUCAUUACCAUCUGUGUAUGUGUGAUACAGGUGCUGGGGAUGUCCUUUUCACUGACCCUGAACUGCCAGAUUGAUAAAACCAGCCAGGCCCUAGGGCUGUGAUCUGCACCUGCCCUGUGUCGGAGAGACUUGUUUCAUCUCUGCAAAUCCAAACCAUUCAUAGCAUGAAGCCCCAAAUGAUCACCUGCUGGACUGGCUCUGUGUCUUCUUCUCACCUCUUCCCUGUUUGGAUCCCUGUCUUACACAAUCAGAGAACAGGGUAUCAGCCAGUCCUUUUCUGUCUCAGACACACAAUAGCCAUUCACUCACUGAUGGCAGCAGCCAUGUCCCUCAAGGUGGCAAAAACACACCUGAGUGAUUUUUAGACACAAAAGGCCACAAGAACCUGUGGCACUGAAUGACUUGAGACAAAGAGUAGGUCCAGGAUUUGAAUGUUUAUGUCUUCAUGUUGUCAAAUCAAUCUCUAGCCUCUGAAUUCAUGCCCCGUCUACUCUACAAAGUCAUACAAGAGACAAGUUGAAGGGAGAUCUGGAGCCAGACUCACUAGAUCUGUGCCACAAACCUGUUUCCUUUUGACCAGGGGCCUCAGCUACAGAAAUGGCAGAAUAUUAUUUUUUCAAAGGACAAGGUUUCAUUUCAAUUUCUUUAUUAAAAUGCCUUAUUGACUUAUUCUAAGUCUUUUCUGAAAAGUAUCCAGUGAUUCCUCCCAUGACUUCAGCCAGUCUCCUAGCCAUGAAGGAACCCAGAAGCACUAGUAACUCUGGUGGGUUAACUGAUAAUCACAUUCAGAAGGGUCUUGGUAUUAUUUCUCUGUCAUAUAAGGUUUUCUUAAUGUGCUAUUUUCUUCAAUAAAUAAAAUAGCUUAUGAUCUAUUCUUGUACCUCAAACACUUCUUCUGUGACUGAGCCUGACUGUCCUGUCAGCAAGCCAAGUAUAUUAGUUAGAUAUUGCUAU